UUAUUAUAUGUAAUCAGAUUUAUCUUAAAAGCUUAUUUCUAAUCUGAUGUUCAGAAACUUUCUGCUGUAUUGAUUCAGACGUAAAUAUAAACGCGCAUUACCCCUCUAGACGUCCGUUCGUAAUCGCCGAAUUCCUAGAAGUGGCUUAUUUUAUCCCUUUAUCAAUAUCAAGUCUUCAAACGGUGACAAUCUAGCUUCAGAGAGAACAUCUUUCUGUUAAAAUAAAAGGGAAUUAUAGUUGCAUUAUCGCUUUUUAUAUAAUAUCUAAGAUAGCUGAAAAUGGCUUCAAAAGGCGUACGAAUGAACAUGUCAAUUGCACUAUAACGUCAGUAAAAUAAAAUUGUACUUGUAAUUACAGUUGGAUAUUAGCUAGAAUGUUAUUAUAUAUAUAAAUGAGUGAACAAUAGAAGGACAUCGUCUAAUUGAACAAGGAUAAAUAAGAAGCACACAUACUCGUAGUAACAAGUAAGGCAACGGGAGUAGGUUCAUAAUCAUGAUGAUGCUACUUUUAUUUCACUGUUUCAGAUAUGCAUGGUCACAGUUUCCAACCUAUGCAGAAAAUACAACAGAUGUUUUAGACAAGUUACUGACUGGUUACCGCAAAGAAAUAAGACCCGGGUUUGGAGGUCCACCACUUGUGAUUGAAACAGAUAUACUGAUAAGAAGUAUUGGUCAGAUUUCAGAAAGCGACAUGGACUACUCCUUUCAGUGUUACUUCAGACAAAGAUGGACAGACGAGAGGUUACAGUUUGACAUUAGAAACAUCAGUGAAGUGACGCUUAAUAAUUUGUUCUUGGAGAAUAUCUGGAAACCAAAUACAUAUUUCCUAAACGGCCAGAAAUCACACCAGCAUAAUAUUCCCAGACCAAAUCUUUUCGUACGUAUAAGAAGCGAUGGACGAGUAUAUUUGUCCAGAAGACUAACUGUAAAAGCGGCGUGUCCAAUGAAACUAAAUCUUUAUCCAAUGGACAGACCAAUUUGCUCUCUUGUAUUAGGAAGUUACGGAUAUACAACAGACGAUAUAGUAUACUUAUGGAAGUACGGCAAUAACAUUUCUGUAGAAGUCAAUAAAGAUGUACGUCUUGCACAGUUUGAUCUCAUUUCUGUAAGGUCAAGCAAUCAUACGGAUAAUACAGUAUUCGGGACAUUUUCUGUUUUGAAAGUGUAUAUUUAUUUUGAACGACAUUUAGGUUUUUUUGUUCUCCAAACAUAUCUUCCAUGCAGUAUGAUCACGUGCCUAUCUUGGGUUUCCUUCUGGAUAAACCGUGAUGCGGCGCCGGCGCGUGUACUUUUAGGUGUAACAACGAUUCUAGCAACAGCGGGUAUCGGAAUGACUGUUCGGGAAGGUCUUCCAAGAGUGUCAUAUGCGACAGCUUUGGAUACCUAUCUUAAUGCUUGUGUUCUUUAUGAAAUGGCGGCAAUGAUAGAAUACGCUGCUGUGAACUACUUUACAAAAGUUUUACCGGUAGACGGUGGAGUGAGUUCCGACGAAGACGAAGAGGAAAUAGUCCCCCUUGCACCUCCAGAUCAAUCAGUGAGAGUAUACCUUUAUCAAGAUACAUCAAAUGGACAAUCAGUUCCGUUAUCUGAUGUUCAGCCGACGACAGAAGCAUUUCAAGGUACAACUUCACAUCGAAAAACCAGGAAUAGACGGAAAAAAGAAAGUUCAUUUAGUAAUUUAUUUUUCAAAUGUCUGACAGGCAAUCUAAAAUAUAGGACAAAGCUCCGGGAACGAGGGAACGCUGAGGCAGGAAAUAGUGCUAGUAACAUUGACGUAUGGUGCAGAUAUCUAUUUCCCGGAACAUUCCUUGUGUUUAAUGUUUCUUAUUGGAUAUGUUAUCUAGCUAUAUUAUAACACAAAUAUACGACUUUUGUUGUGAUUGAAUUUAUGCAUACAAAAACAAUUGUGAAUUAUAUGCUAUCAGUUGUGAAAAUUUUAUUUGUUUAUAUUAUAAGAGCUAUAUUAUGUGAUUAUUUUGUAAAAUAUGCACAA